CAGGCCUAAAGUCGUGCUUUCUACAACUACUAAAGGUUCUAUGGUCCUUAUAGCAUGGCUUGCAGAUUAACGUCAAGAAAUGAAAAAAAUAACUAAUCAGGAUAAAUAUCGAAAUUUAUUUAGUGAUAUUUUAAAGAAAAAAUACAAAUAUGAAACUUUUACCAAAACGCACGAACGUGUGUGAAGUUGUCAUGUAACAGAACAGAGAAAAACUUUUUUUUUCGCCUUUAGACCGACAUCAAAUGUUUAACUGCGUUGGAUAAAAGUGUACAAUUUAUGCCGAUUCUGUUACAAAAAACCGUAGGUAGUUAUAGUUUUCACUACUUUUCCAUUCCAACGAAUAAUAGUAGAAGUCUGUUUAUUUAAUUCGUAUAAUAAUAAUAAUAAUAUUAACAGUAAAAUAAAAGCGUGGAUGUAAUAUCUUCGAAAGCUGAGCUGGAACCUUGACAACAGUUGAAAAGUUUACUGAAAACUCCGCUGGAAAUACUUAUAAUCUUCGAUUAUAGAUGUGAUUGUAUUCAGCUAUCAUGUGCUCCUUCUUGAUUUUAGUGCUGUUAGCCACCUUGAGAUUAGGCCUAACUCAGGACUCUGAUAAUGACGGAGGAUUUCUGCUAGAGCCUCUACCGGAAGAGGAUUUCGAACAUUCUACUGUCCCGAUUUUCCUAGAGCAACCCCAGGAUAGUUUCGUGGUGAGAAACAAGCCUGCUGUCAUCCAUUGCAAAGCCCGCCACGCCCUCCAGAUUUACUUCGAGUGUAACGGUGGAUUAAUUCACCACCGACAACACAACCAACAACAUUUUGUGGAUCCGAUGACGGGAAUCCGCCAACUGGAAACUUCGGCUGACAUUACCCGAAAGGACUUGGAAAAUUAUCAAGGUUCUGACACGUACAGCUGUGUCUGCCAUGCCUGGUCACCAACCGGUAGGACUCAUAGUCGAAAAGCUAUUAUCAGGAUAGCAUACUUAAAGAAGCACUUCAUCAAUCAACCGCUGAGCACCAGUGUAGAAAUAGAAGGCCAGAUCUCUCUUCAUUGUUUACCACCAGAGGGUGUGCCAACGCCUCAAAUUUUCUGGUUGCGAAAUGAUGAGAUCAUUGAUACAAAAAAAGAAACAAACUUCAUAAUCUCCAACGAAGGGAACUUAUUAAUAAGUCAAGUGCGGUUGGCAGAUACAGGUAACUACACUUGUGGAGCCCAAAAUCUAGCCAAUCAGCGCUUCAGUGAGACCGCCACAUUAACCGUUUAUGUGAACGGAGCCUGGUCCACCUGGAGUCCCUGGAGUGAAUGCGAUAGUCGCUGUGGUCGGGGAUCAAAAAUCAGAACUCGCAUGUGCACUAACCCUACUCCUCUUAACAAUGGUCAACAGUGUAUAGGAGAAGCCACUCAGAGGUCUGACUGUACAAUGCUAUGUCCACCGAUAGAUGGUCUUUGGACAUCGUGGUCUUCGUGGUCAACCUGUGGUCUAGACUGUAGACACCAUCAACGUCGAACGUGUUCCAACCCUAGACCAGCUAAUGGUGGUCGUUAUUGUGAAGGCAAGGACUUAAUGACAGCCAAUUGCACAGGAGGAAUGUGCAGAGCUGGUCGAGAGUCAAAUAAUCUCAGGUCAUAUGGUCAAAGCCGCAGCAGAGAAGUUUUUCCAGCAACAACAAAUGCCAGCAUCGCUCUAUACAUUGGACUUUUUGUUGCUUUGGCUGUGCUUCUGAUGAUUUUGAUCAUCAUAGUGCUUUAUCUUCGCCGUUACAAAGGUAGAGAAGUUUCCUUCCGAAGCACUAGGGAUACAGGUUUUGUUGCAGUCCAACCUGACCUGACGCAAAGUAUUUUGAGAGUACCUCCACACUUACGUCAGGAAAGUCACAGAGAAUUGAAUGGUAGUGAAAAAUCAGAUCUACUCACUACUCCGAAUGUAGCUUUCUUUGCAACCCAACGAUUCAGUAUGCUUAAUUCUACAGAUAAACAUCCUUGCAGAGAUUUGCCAGUUUCAGGAUCACGGUCAGGUUCCAUGUAUUUUUCAAAUGUAUUUUCAACCCGCAACUCAACAACAUCUGCCGUGCUGCUACCUGGUGUCGAUACUGAACGUUUAUCGUGUAAAGUUUUCACUAAAGAUGGAGGUAGAGUGUCGCUGCCUCACUUCGGAAUUUCUGUUACUGUACCCAACGGUGCAGUAAAGAAAGGAGUUAAAGAAAAAAUGUAUGUGACUCUCUUAAUGGAGGACAAGGACCGACCAAAGUUAAGUGAUAAACAAACUGUCCUCAGUCCAGUUGUGCAGAUUGGGCCACCUGGUAUUAGUUUACAAAAACCAUUGGUUAUCAGCUUUCAGCACUGUGCCAAUCUUGCCCCUUGUAAGUGGAACAUCGGUGUCUAUUGUAGCGACACCUACAGCCGAGAUGAAGAAAAUCUGAUCUGGAGGCAAAUUGUUACCUUAGGCCAAGAGACUGUCAACACCCCACUUUACUGUCACUUAGAGCCACAACAUUGUAAUAUAGUUACGGAUCACUUGGCUCGUUAUGUAUUGGUUGGAGAGUCAUUGCCGGACCAAAAGGCUAUUAAGUCUCUUUCAUUGGCAGCCUUCGCUCCAUCAGUACAUUCCUCCGUGGACUAUAAUAUACGUUUGUACUGCGUGGAAAAUACAAGUGCUGCAUUACAGGGAGUAGUUGAAGUGGAGAAAGAAUUGGGAGGGAAGUUAUUAGACGCUCCUAAGUCUAUGUGGUUCCAGGACGGAGGAUCUAACCUUUGUCUCUGUCUGGAAGAUAUAGGUCCUGGUUGGAAGUGUAAACCUGGUGCUAAUUAUCAGGAAAUCCCAUUUCAACAUGUAUGGAGCGGCAGACUGAACCAACUCCAUUGUUCCUUCACUUUAAAACAUCUUGAUCGUUCAAUUCAAACAAUUCACUAUCAUAUUUUAGUUUAUCAACGAGGAGUUCAAGCACAUCGUCAAUUGCUCCAGAUUAAUACAGAUCUUCGUGGCAGGAUAUCAUCAGGUCCUGCUGUAUCGAUAUCAGCCCCAUUGAUAAACUCCACAGUUAAUACAGUGGGAGAAACGAGUUUGUUGUUUCCGGUUAACAGUUCUGCACAGGAAUUCAGGAUUUCACCAAAAAUCUUGAAAAAGCUCUGCGCCUGUUUUGAUCCUCCUAAUAAUAAAGGCAAUGAUUGGAGAAGGUUGGCCAAAGAAUUAGGAGUAGACAGGUAUUUGAAUUACUUUGCAACUAAAGCAAGCCCAACUGAACACAUCCUUGAUCUCUGGGAAGCCAAGCACCCAGAAUCCACAGCAUUAACCGAUCUUCUAAACUCGUGUAGAGUUAUGGGGCGUUAUGAUGCUUCAGUAGUCAUAGAAGAAGAAGCUGGACCAUGGCUUUGAAAAAAAAGAAAGAAAUUAUAACAAUUGUUAAGAUUUAUACUGCUACUUUCAAUUAAUAUUGAAGGACCUGCAUGUAGUUAGCUAAACAAUGGAACAUAGGGAGAAAGUAAACAAACUAAUGGACCGUGAUGUUGACUAACAACACAGUAUGGUGCCUCAUUUAUUUGCCCUAAACUUUAUCUAUAGAGGUCAAAACUAUGCAGACUUCUGUGCCAAGAAACACAAAAUAUGUAGGACAGUUCUGCGUGUAUUUGUCAUAAUUGUGGAUAACAAUAGCUUUUCUUUUUCAUUUGUUGUUGUAUAUAGUGUAAAGUAAUUGUAAAUGAAGACAUAUAAAUAUAUA